AUGUUAUGGUGUAAUACUUACCAUUGCCAUAUUUGGUACCAACAAGUGGAUAUACCUGUCACCUGUAACGCUUCAGCAUCUGUCUACACAACCACAUUUAUACCCACGCCAGGCCCAUUUGGCAUAUACACCAUCACAACAACCAAGACAGAGACAAUUCCCCUCACAACAACUACUGCAACAACAACCGUUACAAGGACAAUUACAACAGACGGAUUUGACUUAUUUGGGCAAAAGAAAACAACAACGCUAUUCAAUACAACCACUGUAUUUAGCAACUUCACAACGACUCAAACAGCUACUUCUUUUACAACAAUCAUUAGUACGAAAUCAGCUGCUACAGCAACUCCUACCACAGAAUAUAUCACCGUAACCCCUAGCCAAGAAUACGUUACAGUUAUAUCCACGCAAAGCAAAGAAACUGUAACAACCACAGCUAUACCGAAUAGAGAGUACAUCACCAUUAUAUCGACACCUAGCAAGGAAUACGUCACUAUAACUGCCACGCCCAAUAAAGAGUUUGUUACGAUUACUGCUACCCCUAGUAAAGAGUAUAUCACUAUAACUGCAAACCCACAAACAAUAACGACAACGGCUACAACCACCAAAGCAGCAGGAGGCCUGUUUGAUGGCCUGUUUGGUACCCAAAUUACUGCAACUGGUGCGAUCGCCAGCAGCCUCUGUAGCAACUUGGUUGUUACUGUAACGUCUGAGGCCAGCAAAGAUGAUGUUACAGUAAUCGCGAGCCCUCAAAGCUUGACAACCACUGUAACUACUACGCAAACAGCAGGUGGCACCUUUGAUGGUAUUUUUGGAAUGCAAACCACAGCUCCGGAUUCUUCUGUCAUUAACCUAUUCAGCAAUACGAUAGAAGGAGGAGCCACCAAGACAAUUACAUUGAAUAACACAACGACUAGAACAGAAACCAGCAGAAUCAAUGUAACAACCACGCAAACAUUCAUUUUGACAGAGAUAAUCACGACAUCAUAUCCUAUGCCACCUCUGCCUACUCAAACGACAAUGCCUAGUCUUUCCAUGUCUGACUCUCUCAACGUAUUACGCGUCAUUCUUAAAGUAAUUCAAACACUACAAGGCGAUAAACCACAAUUCAAUCCUGUUUUAGAACUGAUCAAGGCAGUAAUUGAGCAAGCCAUCAAACAAGACGACGACAAGAACGUGCAGGCUGCUUUAUCGUUUGUGUUUGACCUCAUACAAAAGAACAGCUCGCAAGCUAGCAUUAACAAGCCAUUUCCUUUCACUAAAAGGUUAAUAAUGAAGGAUGAUUUCAAGACCCAAGCGAGAGAGUGGUUGGCAAACCAAUUUAUUGAUACGUUAUAG